AUAAAAGGAAAAAAAACAACAUUUGUGCUUAGUGGUAGCAGAUCGUCGACGUUUUUUUUUUUUUUCUUUUUUUGGACAAUUGAAAAAAAAGGGAAAAGGUGUCGGGUAGCUAGAGGGAAGAAAUAAAACGAUUGUAUACCUUUGCGAGUGAUUUCACCGAGAGAAAACGAUAGUUUGCUUGUGUGUAGAAUUUGUGAUUAGAUGCAAGCAUUCGCCAGAAGACGGAAACAAAGAAACGGUGAUUUUAUAUGAGGUGGAUAUCUUCUCUGGAAUUACUAAGAAUAUUUAAAUCCUGUGAUUUGACAGAACAAAUGUCAUAAUGCUAUGAAUCUUCGUGAAGAGAAAAUAUCGUGAUUUUUCCCCCAAGUGGCGCAUUUCAGGAAAAAAUAUAAAUAAGGCAAAUAACGUACAAGAAAGUGUUCAUGGGUAUAUAAAAAAAAAAAAAAUGCAAAAUACCACAUCACUCAUAAAACACACACUUCGAUAACAUUCUCCUUUGUUAUAUCCUAUUAGAUAAAUCAAGUCCUAAGUAGUAAUUACACAUCAUAUACAUUAUGCACAUAUAUUCCACAACAAAACAGACAUUUCAGCAAUUUAGAGAAGAUACCAACUUCAGGCGGAUCAAAGCGGUUUUAAGCUUUCCACGGUGAUGCCAGAUGACCGGCAAGUGAGGUAAUUUGAAAGCAAUUUGUGUUGCCACUUCGCUGUUUACGGAAGAUGAAGGAACAAAAACGAAGCGAUGAUGGUGACCGAAGGCGUGGGAGAGAAACAAACAAGAGGAGAAGGAGGCGGAGGUGGAGAACGAGGAAGUGGAGGUGGAGGACGGGGAAGUGGAGGAGGGCGGAGCUGUUGGCGAACGCGUUCAGGAUCCGUCCAGUGUCUAGUGGCUCUUGUUGGAGGCUUUGUGUUGGGUCUGACCCUGGCACUCCUUCACUCCGUGGCGUUUUACUUACCGAACGCCACGCAUCAUCAGGAACAGAGGGAUGUGAUGGGAGUCUCCUGGGAGAACAGCGUGCAUCAGCCAUCAACACAGGUAUCAAACGUGGCGCAAAGUCCCGCGGAGUUUCGACAGCCGCCCGCACCCAGUUUCGCGCCCAGUCGCCGAAAUUCCUGCUACGGCACCGUAGCCCAGCGUCUCUUCGAAAAAGUCCGUGUGUUGUGUCUCGUGGUCACCUACCCCGCCCACCACGCCUCACACGCCGUCCACAUCUACAAAACCUGGGGUCGGAGAUGCACCAAAAUCCUCUUCGUCACUAACGCGGAGAGUGAAGAGGAAGAGGAAGAGGAAAAGGAAGAGGAAGAGGAAAAUGAAGAAGAGGACAAAAGCGUGUUGGAUUUGCCGCUGCUCACCGUCCCGCACGCCACGGCUGAUCGGAGUGGGUUGUGGAACAAGACUAGGGAUGCCUUUCGCCACGCCUACCUCCAUUACUACAACGACUACGACUGGUUUGUGAAAGCCGAUGAUGACUCGUACUUCAUCAUGGAGAAUUUGAGGUACUGGCUGCACGACAAGGAUCCCGAAAUCCCGUAUUAUUAUGGGUGUCAUUUCGACGUCAUCGUACCGCAGGGAUACAUGAGUGGAGGCGCAGGAUACAUCCUGAGCCGCGGCGCCCUCAAAGCCUUCGUGGACGCUGGCCAGGAAAAUCUGACACUUGCUCACUCCCAGGGAGCUGAAGACGUCCAGAUGGGAUACUUCAUGGAGGCAGCGGGAGUCCGACCUGGGGAUUCAAGGGAUGAAAAGGGGCGCCCGAGGUUCUUUCCCUUCAUUCCUGCUGAUGUGGUGGUUCCUAAGACGAAAAACCUUGACUACUGGUACUGGGAGAACCUCGCUCAUGAUCACGAGCAGGGGUUAGGUUGCUGCAGUGACACCACCAUAUCUUUCCAUUAUGUGAAGAAGGAUCUACUUUACACUCUUGAAUUCUUAAUCUACCACUUCAAAGCAUAUGGCCUUGGGGUACCUGCUAGGGACUGCUGACAGUGGCUCUUCAGUAUUGCAUAAAGAAAUCGGAAGUAGUAUAAGAAAUGACAUACUGUGAUAAGAACUUAGAAGGAAGUUGAAAAGUGGGCAAAUUGUAAAUAUGAGUGUUUGUCCAAUAAUGGCAUUAAUUAAAGUUUAGUGCAAGAGUAGAAGGGUAAAUACUGUGACUGAAGUAGGGAACAAGAAAAAAAACAUAUUAGGCAGCUCUUCUAAAUCACAAAUAACUCUCCAAUGAAGCUGCUGAAGUAUGGAAUGAAAAAUAAAACAAAUUGUGAUCAAAAUGACAGUAUUACAUGUACGGAUAAAGAAAAAUAUUUAUGUAUGUGAAGAAUCUGACAAAGAAGAUUGCAAGAAUAGUAAGUGGAGGGUUAUCAAAGAACACUGGUAUUAAAUGUGAUGUCAAGAUAUUCCUGUUUCCAUCUGUUUGAUCUAGUCACUACAUGAGAUUCUAAAAUUAUCAUUUACUAAACAGGUACCAUGUUGGCACCAACAGACUAAUUUGGAUUGUAGGUUUGUCAGUAUUUGCCAGCUCUACCUUUCACUACCCUGUCAACGUGAUUGUUUUGCUUUUUGGAAAACUCAACUUGCAUUUUAGGCUUGCAUAUUUUCUCACUGUUUCAUGUUGAAUGUGAAUUGAUAUGCAUAAGCAUUCCACAUAUUUGUAUGCAUAUUUUAAUUUGCCCGCUUGUUUUUUUACCCCAAAUAUAGUGUUAAAUUGUUCACAAUGUCAUCAACUGUAUAUAACCAACAUAACCAUGCUCAUUUGUUUAUCAGUUACUCGAAAAUGUACAUUAAUGUAAAUUUAUGUGCCAUUAUUUUCUCUCAUCUAGUGCACUCAGAAAUGCAUUUUCACUCAUUAUUCAUUGCUGUUGCCUUAUAACAUGUACAAUUUAUAAGUAAAGUUGAAGGUAAAAAGAAAAA